AUGGCGGCACAAGCGAUUGAGCAGAAGCUGCGGGACAAGCUGAAGGCGACUGUUGUGGAAGUCGUGGAUCUUUCGGACGGUUGCGGGGCGAAGCUUGACCUCCUGGUCGUCUCGGAGAAGUUCGUUGGGAUGUCGCUGCUAGACAGACAACGGAGCGUGCAUGAGGCGAUCGAGGAAGAGAUGAAGACCAUUCAUGCGUUGACGAUGAAGACGAAGACCCCAGAGCAGUACGAAGCGAUGAAAGCAAAGGGCUGA